AUGGGAUUUCUUUCAAUUUUUCAAAGAAAUGAAGACGUCGAAGCUAAGUUAGUCGAAAAGGGGUUUGAGAUCUCGGAUUGUGACUUGGACUGUGGUAGUUGUACGUCAAAAUUCCCUUCCUCAGUGAAGUUUCAAGACGAUGAUGGUAGCUCCCUUUGGGGAUCAACAAAGCCAUUCGGUCUUCAUGUGGUGGUACCAACUGGUAAGACAGAUUGGAGGCACGACGCCACCGGGCAUAGUGGCACGUUGUCCCACGCAGUUUCUUCUUGGGCUGGCAGAUCAGACAAGAAAUUUCCCAAGUUGGGAGAGGCGACAAAUAUCAAAGUCACGGUCUCAUCGUUAUCUACAAAGGGACAUGACUUGGGAGACGAAGAGUACUGUAGCGAAAAGAGGGGAGAUUUAUUAUUGUUACCCUUGUUUGUCUGGGUUAAGAAUGUAACUAUUGCCAACGUUGGAGAUGUCUUGGAUACAGUCAUCCCAGCUAUACUUGACAGCAGAGAAGAACAAAAGACUGAAUUGCCAUACAAGUCAGUCCCUGGAUUUCCUGAAGCUCAAAUCUCCGCUAAUGGUAACCAAUCAUAUAUCUUCUUGUGUUCUCAUAAGACUAGAGACAAGAGAUGUGGGAUUACGGCUCCCAUCAUGAAAAAGGAAAUGGACAUCUACUUAAGAGAUCUUAACUUGAUUAGAGAUCAUGGUGAUGAUCGUCCUAAUGGGGUGACUGUAGCAUAUGUCAACCAUAUUGGAGGACAUAAGUUCGCCGCUAACGUUAUCAUCUUCAACAAGAAGACAGGGAAAAACAUAUGGUUGGCAAGGUGUGCUCCAAACAAUGUAAAGCCUAUCAUCGACGAGUGUAUAGUAGCAGACGGUAAGGUUUGGCCCAACAAAGUGCGUAUAGCGCAGAAAUUUAAUCCAGUUGAGUGGUAA